AUGGGAAAUAAUUACAACAGCCGUGAGAGAGCGAAUAGACACAAUUCUCACAGUAGUCGCAGUGACAACCACUCCGGCAAGUCUGAGAAAUCACUGGAGGAAGGCGAUUACUGGUUCAAUGACCCGAAAUAUAACCAAAUCAAGUCAAAACACUCGAGAAACAGAGAGAAAUUAGAACACAAUUCUAGGCAUAGAAGAGAUAAUUACGACCACAAUCCCAGGCAUAGAAGUGAUAAACACGAUUACAAAAGUGAAAAAUAUGAUCAUAAAAGGGAUAAACACGAUUACAAAAGUGAUAAAUCGGACUAUAGAAGUGAAAAAUAUGAUCACAGGAGUGAUAAAUCAGACUAUAGAAGUGAAAAAUACAGCCGUGGAACCGAAAAAUAUGACCCCAAAAGAGAAAAUUUAGAUCACAGAAGUGAGAGAUAUGACAGUAGAAAUGACAAAUAUCGCCGUGAAACGGCUGAAUAUCGCAGGAACAAACGUGAAAAACACACCAAGAGGAGUAGAACCAGGAGUAAAAGUAGGAGUAAAAGUAGUAGAAGUAGUUCGAUAAGUAUUGGAAACAAUGACAUAAAUGUGAUGGAUAUGGUGAGUGGUAAUGUGUCGUGUGAUGAGGAGGAGUUGAUGAGGAAGUUGAUUGGCGUAUCCAAAUUUGACACUACCAAGAACAAGAAACAUGAAACUAUUAACCUUAAAACCGUUAAAAAGAAAACCAAACGCAAGUACAGACAAUACAUGAACCGAAGAGGCGGAUUCAAUCAUCCCCUCUCUCCCAUUCAAUAA